UGCAAUUUAAGUAGCAUACAUAGCAAGCAUAAAACGUGUCAUACACUCACACAUAUGAACUUCAUUUAAACUGAUCAAAUCAGCUAAAGUUGAAUGUAUGAUGCAUCGGCCGACAAGUCUUUCGCAUCAAUCCAGUGAUAAUAUGUGGAUAGAAAAGUCUUGUCGACACUAGUAUCUAAUACUGAUAAUCAAAAUAUACGUGGCACAGUGAUUACCGGGGGAUUUAUAAAUGUAUUCUUGUUUCAUAUGAUACAGUGCGAUCAGAUCUUCUACUAGUUUAAACUAUCGGCUGCACGGUUGCUUACUAUUUGAUAUUUAAAAGUACCGAAGAUGACUUCGAGAUAUAGUGGAGUUAAAUUAGGACCACCAAUAGAGGUUUUCGCCCUUCAGAAAGCCUUUCUCGACGAUACGUACGAAAAGAAAGUAAAUUUAUCAAUAGGAGCGUAUCGUACACCGGAGGGAAAGCCCUGGGUGUUACCAGUUGUUAAGAAAGUAGAGAAAUCACUAGCUGCGGACGAAUUACAAAAUCAUGAAUAUCUUCCGGUGUUGGGAUUAGAUGCAUUUAGCCAAGCAGCAACAGCUAUGUUGCUGGGAACAGAUUCUCCUGUUAUUGCACAAGGUCGUGCUAUUGCUAUUCAGACAUUGUCUGGAACUGGAGCACUACGUGUUGCUGCAGAAUUCUUAAGUCGUAUUCUACAUUACGAUACAUUUUAUUAUAGCAGACCCACUUGGGAAAACCAUAAACUUGUGUUCAUUAAUGGUGGAUUUAAAAGAGCUUGUGAAUAUACAUACUGGAAUCCUAUUACCCGUAAUAUCGAUAUAGAAGCAAUGAUGAAAGAUCUUGAUGAUGCUCCAGAAAAUUCUGUAAUUAUACUACAUGCGUGUGCUCAUAAUCCUACUGGAUGUGAUCCAACUCCUGAACAAUGGUCUAGAAUAGCAGAUUUAAUACAGAAGAAGAAACUCUAUCCACUUUUUGAUAGUGCAUACCAGGGUUUUGCUAGUGGUAAUUUAGACAAAGAUGCUUAUGCAGUAAGGAUGUUUGCUGAACGUGGAAUAGAAUUUAUGUGUGCUCAGAGUUUUGCUAAGAAUUUUGGAUUGUACAAUGAAAGAGUUGGAAAUUUAGUGGUUGUUAUAAAUGAUGUGAAAGUAACAGCUCAAGUUAAAUCUCAAUUAACCUUGAUUGUUCGAGGAAUGUAUAGUAAUCCUCCUAAUCAUGGAGCAAGAAUAGUUGCAACAGUGUUGCGAAAUCCUGAUCUCUUUAAAGAAUGGUAUGGUCAUAUUACUACAAUGUCUGGUAGAAUAAAAGAAAUGCGCCAAAGUUUAUACGAAAGACUGGUUCGGUUAGGAACACCUGGUUCUUGGGAACACAUUACAAAUCAAAUAGGAAUGUUUUCUUAUACUGGUCUCACUGAGAGACAAGUGGAACAUCUUGUAAAUCAUUAUCAUAUUUACAUGCUACGAAGUGGUAGAAUUAACAUGUGUGGACUCAAUGAAUUAAACUUGGAUUAUGUCGCAAACGCUAUCUAUGAAACAGUUGUACUAUUUCCACAAAAUGAAAAAAGCUGUACAUGUUAAAAUGGAUUCUUAGAAUCAUACCAUACUAAGUAUAAUUAAUAUUGAAUCUUUAAUGCAGGAAGCAUGAUCGAAAUAUGGCAAUAUUUUAUACAUACUCGAGUUAUGUUAGAACUGUAGAAGUUUCCUACAGAUGUUGUUUUGAUAGAAUCUUAAUAUAAUUUGUUUUGAAUUUUCUUAGAUGCUUGUAGCUAGAUAUUGUUUACGCAAACACUAUAGCUACAAAAUUUAAACAUUAACACGAAUCUUAGAUUUUUCGAAAAAUUAAAACAUUUUGUUACAAAUUGCCUUAUCUACAAAAGUACAAAAUGUGAUAAAGUAUUAUGAAUUGCCAAAUUUUAAUAUAUACGUUAGUAGAAUCGCUUAUUAUUAAAAUUGAUUUGUUUAAAUUUACUAAAUUCAUUUGAUUAAAUGCAAAUUUACAAGUUAUUACUCUUUAUAAACUGUCUCUUAUUCCAUAAUAUUUUUAACAUACACAAUAUGCAACAUACAUUACAUGGAUGUAUACAUUAAUGUAGGUAAAUAUAAUCCUAUGAACAACAUUCUGAAGAACUGAAAGUAAUUGAUUUAUUAUAGGGCACAAGAGAUAAAACUUUAAUUAUUUUAAUAAUAAGCGAUUGAUUUUAAAGAUUUAUCGUUUCCAUGUGAAGGAAUAGAACUUGGAAUUUUGACACUGUUGAGAUUCCAAAACGUUGAGAUUACAAACGAUUGUUGUUGUUAGUUCCUGUUCAAUAUCUUCUUCUAAGUAACACAACAAUUACUCUACUUUCACACAAUGUAGAAGAACAAAAUUAAUUAUUCAACAUUUGAAUGUACUAUACAUAGUUUCAGCAAAGUUAUUUGAAGAUUGAACAUAUAAUUCAACGAAUUAGCAGAGAAAGUUUUGAUUCAAAAGUAGAAACUUUUUUAUAUACCUGCAAAUGUUUUUGAUAUGUUAUAAAAGAAAUUUCAUUCUUUCUUUUUAGAUGCUUCCAGAAAAUAGUUUAUACGUUGGUUAGAUGAAAAAAAUACAAAAUCUUCUAUCCGAAUUAAUAGUGAAUGAGUGAUAUAUGAAAAUAAUGUUCUAUAUAAUCUUCCACAUAGUGCAUAGGAAAAGUACAAUCAAUUUCUUUUCUAUUUUCCAGAGUUUCAGUUUAUGUAUUCAUAUAUUAUAUAAUACUAAUACUUUAAAUCUUUAUACAUAACACAAAAGAGAAACUAUAUACAUUUAUAACAUUUACAGAGUAUCUAUAUACAUACAUACAUACAAACAUAUAUAGAUAUAUAUUUUUAGUAAAAUUGUUGUGACAUGUAAGUUUAGAACAUUACUCGUUCAAAAAUCUGGACCAAAUUCACAACCUUGAAGUGUUUAUAAAAAUUACUGAUGGAUGAAACUGUAAACGAUCUUGUACAUACUGCCAAAGUUGAUAAUUUGAAUAUGCAGUGACAAGAAUUACUUUUCUAUGUAUUUAUAUGAAACAAAUGUGGUGCAGAAUGCUAUUUAUAUUUUAUAAACUAAUGUAUACUUUUGUAAAGAGAAUCAAGUAACCAAAAGGAUAUUACUGUAGUUGUAACAUGCAUUUACAAAACUUUUAAGUAUUGCAAUAGAACAUUAAACGCAUAACCAUGUAAUAACACGUUUAGAUGAAUGUUAUAGUGAAUACUUUAACAGGGGAUGUUGAAAAAUAGUGUUGUAUACAAAUAUAUUUGUUAGAAUAUGCAACAUAAUUGUUAUAUAUGUUUAUUUACAUAUCUCUAACAUGUGUACACAUGAAAUGGUAGUCAAUGAAUUACUAAU